AAGGGGCGCUAUACUUUGUUAACAGCUCUUGUGUAGGCUCUGGUUCGAGCUCUGUGUCCACUUUGCGUCCUGGUUUCUCUUUGCUGCUUCUCACCUUGAGGCUUUUGUUGUACGUUGAGGGGACAGAUGAUUUAGGAAGGCUGAGCAGGGAGUGAGUGAUCGGCCCCAUCCACCUCCACCCCCACCCCCACCCUCCUACCCUAACUUCUCAGCCUUUUGAUGUGAAGUUAGUGUAUGUGUAUGUUGGUGUCUUUUAGGCGCUCCUUAGAAGAAACCAGUUAAAAACCACUGUUGGAAUAAGGAUUAGUUCAGUGUACACUUCACCCGUGGAGACUUCCAGAGAUGAAAGUGGAGUUGAAAGUCUCCUUCACUCCUGAGAUUUUAUGCUGAUGCUGACAUCAAGGAGAGCCUUGCUCAUGUGGAUUGCCCUCUGGGGAGAGGCAAGGGCUGUUCCAUCUACAGAAGGAAGUGAAACCGACUCACUUGCCCAGGCCAUAGACAACUUAGUGCUCUCACUAAUUGUGCUCAUUGCCUGGAGCCCCUGGGGCACAAAGCACCGAAGUUCCAAAUCUAUGGGGAGAGCCAGCUUUUUUGGUGGGCUUUUUGACUUUCUGGGACCUCCAGGUUACAUGGUGUGCCUAGCUAGGCUGUAGGGUAUAAGAGAGUUUAAGGAUGGAUUCUGAUCCCGGCUUACAUUGUUAUCCUUCUUUAGUGUUGCCUUCUGCUUCCUGAAGAGAAAGAAGACAGCUCAGGAGAGGUUUUCUUGACAGUCAUCUCAACAGAAGAGCUCUGAGAGAUGGAACCCGAGGAAGAAAGAAUCCGUUAUAGCCAGAGACUGCGUGGCACCAUGCGAAGACGCUAUGAAGAUGAUGGUAUUUCUGAUGAUGAAAUUGAAGGAAAAAGGACUUUUGACUUGGAUGAAAAACUCCACACCAACAAAUACAAUGCUAGCUUUGUCACCUUUAUGGAAGGAAAAGAUUUUAAUGUAGAGUAUAUCCAGCGGGGUGGCUUGAGAGACCCUCUGAUUUUCAAGAAUUCUGAUGGACUUGGAAUAAAGAUGCCUGAUCCGGACUUCACUGUGAAUGAUGUGAAAUUGUGUGUGGGGAGCCGGAGAUUGGUGGAUGUCAUGGAUGUGAACACUCAGAAAGGCAUUGAAAUGACCAUGGCCCAGUGGACCCGCUAUUAUGAGACUCCAGAGGAAGAGCGUGAAAAACUCUAUAAUGUUAUCAGCCUGGAAUUCAGCCACACCAGACUGGAGAACAUGGUGCAAAGGCCUACCACGGUGGACUUUAUCGAUUGGGUGGACAACAUGUGGCCAAGACACUUGAAGGAAAGCCAGACAGAGUCCACCAAUGCCAUUCUGGAGAUGCAGUAUCCCAAAGUGCAGAAGUACUGUCUCAUGAGUGUCCGGGGCUGCUACACAGACUUUCACGUGGACUUCGGUGGCACCUCUGUGUGGUACCACAUACACCAGGGGGGAAAGGUCUUCUGGCUCAUACCACCGACGGCCCAAAACCUGGAACUGUACGAGAACUGGCUGCUGUCGGGAAAACAGGGAGAUAUCUUCCUGGGUGACCGCGUGUCAGAAUGCCAGCGCAUUGAGCUCAAGCAGGGGUACACCUUUGUUAUCCCUUCAGGCUGGAUUCAUGCAGUAUACACCCCCACAGACACAUUAGUGUUCGGGGGCAACUUUUUGCACAGUUUUAACAUCCCCAUGCAGCUCAAAAUCUACAACAUUGAAGAUCGGACGCGGGUCCCCAAUAAGUUCCGUUAUCCAUUCUACUAUGAGAUGUGUUGGUACGUGUUAGAACGAUAUGUCUACUGCAUCACCAACCGCUCCCACCUGACCAAGGAUUUCCAGAAAGAAUCCCUCAGCAUGGAUUUGGAAUUAAAUGGUCUGGAGUCUGGAAGCGUGGAUGAGGAGGCUUCCGAGAAAGAGCCGAGGCGCCUGAGCAGCCGACGCUCUAUCCUCACCAGCCCCAUGGCCAACGGAGUCAACGUGGAUUAUGAUGGGCUGGGCAAAACCUGUAGGACCCUGCCAGGGCUGAAGAGACCCUCCUUGUCAGUGGACUCGUCCUCGGAGUCCAGCCGGAGCUCCCACAACGGUCAAAUGUGGGAUCCUCAGUGUAGCCCCCGGAAGGACAAGCAGGUUCACCUGACACAUUUUGAGCUGGAAGGUCUCCGGUGCCUUGUGGAGAAGCUAGAGUCACUGCCAUUACACAAGAAAUGUGUCCCAACGGGGAUCGAAGACGAAGAUGCUCUCAUUGCUGAUGUCAAGAUCCUGCUCGAGGACCUGGCCCAUAGUGAUCCCAAGUUAGCCCUCACUGGAGUCCCCAUAGUGCAGUGGCCCAAAAGGGACAAGCUUAAGUUCCCCACGCGGCCCAAGGUGCGGGUCCCCACCAUCCCCAUCACUAAGCCUCACACCAUGAAGCCUGCUCCGCGGCUGACCCCGGUAAGACCCGCUGCCUCACCCAUUGUCUCAGGAGCCCGGCGGCGGCGGGUUCGGUGUCGGAAAUGCAAGGCCUGCGUCCAGGGGGAGUGUGGCGUGUGCCACUACUGCAGGGACAUGAAGAAGUUCGGGGGGCCCGGGCGCAUGAAGCAGUCGUGUGUCCUUCGCCAGUGCUUGGCGCCCCGACUGCCUCAUUCGGUCACGUGUUCUCUCUGCGGAGAAGUGGAUCAGAAUGAGGAAAACCAAGACUUUGAGAAGAAGCUCAUGGAAUGUUGUAUCUGCAAUGAGAUCGUUCAUCCCGGCUGCCUGCAGAUGGACGGAGAGGGGCUGCUCAAUGACGAGCUGCCGAACUGCUGGGAGUGCCCGAAAUGCUACCAGGAGGAUACCUCAGAGAAGGUACAGAAACGUAAGAUGGAGGACAGCGACGAAGACGUGGUCCAAGCCAAAGUCCUGCGGCCUCUGCGGAGCUGUGACGAGCCUCUCACGCCACCCCCUCACUCCCCCACGGCCAUGCUGCAGCUCAUCCAUGACCCCGUGUCCCCCCGAGGCGUGGUGACGCGCUCCUCCCCGGGGGCCGGUCCGAGCGACCACCACAGUGCCAGCCGUGACGAGCGCUUCAAACGGCGGCAGCUGCUGCGGCUCCAGGCCACCGAGCGAACGAUGAUGCGCGAGAAGGAGAACAAUCCCAGCGGCAAGAAGGAGCUCUCCGAAGUGGAGAAGGCCAAAAUCCGGGGCUCCUACCUCACGGUCACGCUGCAGAGGCCCACCAAAGAGCUGCACGGGACGUCCAUUGUGCCCAAGCUGCAGGCCAUCACGGCCUCCUCCACCAACCUCCGCCACUCCCCCCGCGUGCUGGUGCAGCACUGUCCGGCCCGCGCGCCCCAGCGGGGGGAGGAGGAGGGCCUGGCCGCAGAGGAGGAGGAGGACGAGGAGGACGAGGACGAGGAGGACAGUGCGGAGGAGGGCGGGGCCGCCCGGCUGAACGGCCGGGGCGGCUGGGCGCAGGACGGGGAGGAGAGCUGGAUGCAGCGGGAGGUCUGGAUGUCUGUCUUCCGUUACCUCAGCCGCAGAGAACUUUGUGAAUGUAUGCGGGUGUGCAAGACCUGGUAUAAAUGGUGCUGUGACAAGAGACUCUGGACAAAGAUUGAUUUGAGCAGGUGCAAGGCCAUCGUCCCCCAGGCCCUGAGCGGUAUCAUCAAGAGGCAGCCGGUCAGCCUGGACCUCAGUUGGACCAACAUCUCCAAAAAGCAGCUGACCUGGCUCGUCAACAGGCUCCCCGGUCUGAAAGAUCUCCUGCUGGCGGGCUGCUCCUGGUCCGCGGUCUCUGCUCUCAGCACCUCCAGCUGCCCACUUCUCAGGACCCUGGACCUUCGGUGGGCCGUGGGAAUCAAGGACCCUCAGAUCCGAGACUUGCUGACCCCGCCGACUGACAAGCCCGGUCAGGACAAUCGCAGCAAGCUCCGGAACAUGACCGAUUUCCGGCUGGCCGGCCUGGACAUCACCGACGCCACCCUCCGCCUCAUCAUCCGCCACAUGCCGCUUCUGUCUCGGCUCGACCUCAGUCACUGCAGCCACCUUACAGACCAGUCGUCCAACCUGCUGACCGCCGUCGGCUCCUCCACGCGCAACUCCCUCACCGAAAUCAACAUGGCAGGUUGCAAUAAGCUGACGGACCAGUCCCUGUUGUAUCUCCGGCGCAUCUCCAACGUCACCCUGAUCGACCUUCGAGGCUGCAAGCAGAUCACUCGGAAGGCCUGCGAGCACUUCAUCUCGGACCUGUCCAUCAACAGCCUCUACUGCCUGUCUGAUGAGAAGUUGAUCCAGAAAAUCAGCUAAAGCCCACUCAGCCCCAGACUGAACAGGAAACAGAAACCCCCCCCCUCCCACUCCCCACCGCGGAGAGCCGCUCCCCCCAUUCUGCACGGGCUUCGAGGCCGAGGCCGGCCUCCCCCUCCCCACCGCGGAGAGCCGCUCCCCCAUCGGCACGGGCUUCGAGGCCGGCUUCCCCCCUUCCGCUCUCCCGUCCCCGCCCCCUUCCGGCACAGCAGGAUAGGCGCAGAGAGGGUGUUCCUGCUGCACGGUCCCGCUGGGACCGGGCACAAGGACGACCCGCUGCUCCCUUCUCUCCUCCCUUCCCUCCCUCGUUCCUUCCCUCCCUCUGAUGAAAAAGGGAUAGGAAAAAAAUCACAGGAGGUGCUGUUGAGGUGCUCACUUGGAGACCAAGCUCAUAGUUGGGGGUGCCGUGCCAACUUAAUCAGCACAACCCCCGCCCCAUCAGGGCCGCCCCUCCCCCCGCUCCCGGCGGGGCCCGGGCCCAGCACUGUCCCCGGGAAGGGAGGCGCGGGCCCUGCCGCCGGGGGCCGGCCUCGGCCGGCUGUCUCCUCCAUCAGGCUCUGCCCGGCUCUCGCGGAAGGCGGCUCUGGCCCCGAAGGCCGGACCCUGCGAUCACACUGGUGCUGUUGAAUUUCCAGAGACCUCCUCCAUGUCUGUCCCCACCCUCUGCAGCUUGACACUGUCCAAGGCCCGGAGCUCAGCAAACAGCCUCCCCGUACUUUGGCCCCAGCCGCGUCCCGUGGCCGCGCGCUUGGUCGGCUGCUGCCCCCAUGGACGCCAGGGCCGCCCCCGUCGAGAGCGGCCGGGCUGGGGCCCAGGGGGAGGGGGCGGUGGGGGGCGCGGGGAGAGGGGCCCGGGCCUAGCUCCAGUCACCAGAUCCCCCUGCUGAAGCCCCCCUCCCCUCAUCCCCUUCUCUCCUCCCCCAGAUUCUUUUUUCUCUCUUUCUCCGAAGAGGGCUUUCCCUGGGUGUGUGUGCUUGGAGGGAGCGGGUGGCUUCCACCGCUGGGGGGGUGGGGGGUGGGGGGUGGGGGGCGGAUGAGGACCAGGCCGGGUCCCCGCUCUUCCGAUGGCCUGGGAGGGUCUUGUCUUUGUGUAUAGUCUGGUGACUCAGUCCUUGUUCUUCAGCUUAGAGAAAUACUCCGCUUUGGCUCUCCCCCUGCCCAGCCGCUGGCGCCCGCUCUCCGCCCGGACCCCCGGCCCCGGGGCAGGGGGGAGGGGGGAGGCUGCAUGUGCCUGUUUGUGUAGGCUUUGGGGAGGGCUGGGCUUGUGUGUGCUCCCUCCCUGCUGCCCCCCAUUCUUUUGCAUCGAGCAGGCCGCUCCAAAGAUCCUCUCUAGAGCAGCAGAGAGCUUUUUGCACUUUAAAGAGAAAGAAAAGGUCGAGUUUCUUUUUGGGUCAGUGUGGACGAGAGAGGAGGUGCUCACAGCAGCUGCCUGUGGCGAGAGCUUCUAAACGUUAUACGCAAAUUUGCACUCUGCUCCCCAGUCUGUAAGGAUGUUGAUAGCACAACCUGGUCCCCGCUUCUCUCCCACCGGCCCCUCGGUUCCCUUCGUCGACCCCGGUCCCAGGCUCUCCCCUCGGCCCGGCCCGGCCGUACCCCUGCUCCUUCGGAAGCAGCAGCGGGCGGGGGGAGGAGGGCGCCCGCGGUGGCCGCCUGGCCCGGCUCCGGCUCCCGGCCUCGCCUUCGAGCUCCAGGAGACAGACAGAACGAGUCUCGGGGAGGGAGCGGGCGGGAGGUGGCAGCGGGGGCUGCGCGCGUGCGUCCCGGCGCGGGCUGCGCCGCCGCUGCCGCCCCGACGAGUGGCGGGCGCUCCCUCAGCCCUGACCCCCCCAGGCCCGGCCCCCGCCCCCAGCUCCGCGGGGCCACGCGCAGACGGAAUGUCAGGGACCCGAUUCCCGAGUGCCUCAGUAGGGGAACUUCUCUGUAAAGAACCCUGGGUAUUGAGCAAAAACCUUUUCUUAUUAAUAUUAUUAUUGCUAAUGACCUAUAAUUGGAAGCUUCCUGCCUUUUUUGGUUGCUCCUGUGGAAAAUACUGAAACGAAGACUUACUGUUUGUUUGUUUUUUGCCUUUUUUGUAAAAAGGGGAGGUGGAGAGACCCCUUCACAGCAGGGAUCGUGCCGGGACAGUGCCUCUGACUUUGGGACAUUUUAACCUGAAGAGAAAUUUCCAAGCCGAUUGGGGAUUUUUCAUCUUCAGCUUGGAAAAAUGGAAGCAUUUUUCCCGUGCACAGAAAUGGGAGCGCGCGAGCCGCAGCAGCAGGACACGAAUUCCCCUGCUGGGCUUUGCUUCCAUUUUGGAGGAGAAGGGAGGGGACUAUGGCUUUUAGAGGGGACGGGGUCGCUCCCCGCAGUGCUGGUGGUGGCAGUUCUUGAGUUCCUGCAUCGGGGCCGGGGGGAGGGAGGAGAAAAGGUGGCUUCAGUUGCAAUACUUGCAGUCUGCUCCUAGACGCGAGCUCCCCAGGCACGUCCGCCGCGGCUCCCGGGACAGCAGGGAGAGGCUUCCUGCCUCCUGCCUCCACCUUUCUGAGCACGGGGGUGAAAACCACAGAGGAAAGGAAGAAAAAUUAUAUAUAUAUAUAUAUAAUAUAAAAUCACUUGGUGAUUAAAAAUAACUGCUCCAUAAAUAAAACUCCUAAAGUCACUAUGUUUAAAGGGUUUGGUUGUGCUUUUUGUUUCCCGGAGAAAUAUUGUAAAUAUCUAUUUUUUGUUGCUGAUUUAGAGUCAAUCUCCGAUGUUGUGCUAAAAAUUUAAAUUAAAUGUAAGCAUUAAGGGGAUAACAAGACGUCUUUGGCAUCUCCGUUACCACCCGGGGCUUGCGGCGGGCAGGGCCGGGAGGAGGCGGAGGCCCGGCGGGGCCUGGUCUCCUCCCGGCAGAGCUCCUGCGCCCCUGGCUCCGGCCCAGAGCAAGGCCAUUUCUGCUCUGGGGGAGGGCUAUUUGUGUAAUAAAUUUUAAGAUGGAAAGGAGCUCUAAGGGGACAUUUUUAUUUAGGUAAGGGUUCUUGGCGGGGAGAGGGCAUUCGGGGGCUUUUGUUUGUUUGUUUGGGGGAUUGAAUAAAAGAACAGUUUUUAAAA